AUGAGCGAGAACGGCUCCGUCGACGAAAUCAAGGUCGAGGAGAUCAACUACGACACAGAUGCAAACAACGAAGUCGCCAUCAAGGCUGGCGAUGGCGCGGAGCUAAGUGAAGACAACGAGCUCAACCGAAAGAAUGGACGAAACUUGAACCUCAUCAAGUGCGAAGAGUGCGGCCUGAUCUGCGCGGGACAGAGCCAUUACAACGUGCACAUCCGAUCUCAUACAGGAGAACGGCCCUUCAAAUGCGCUAUUUGCGGCGUGGCAUUCACGCAGAAAGGAAAUCUCCGACGUCACUACAAGAUCCAUAGCGACGAGAAACCUUUCCAAUGUCCAAUCUGCUCGUAUCGAUGUCGUCGACGUGACGCGCUCAACGGACACAUGCGCAUUCACUCAGACAUGCGGCCUUAUCGCUGCUCUUACUGCGCCCGCUCGUACAAGUCACGCCAGUCAAUGAAGGAACACGAAUAUCAAUGCCCGUACAAGUCAGACCCCGUCCAGCCUACUCCACCAGGAUCAGAAGGAUUUCCUUUCCAGAACGAAGCAGGUCUUCGAAAUCCAAUGGCACUUCCUUGCCCUCGCCCAUCUACAAGUCAGCCAGCACCAGCGCUAAAUCAACUUGGACAACUGGGAGCACGACCACCAGCAUAUCCACCAGCAAACAUCAACGAACUUCUAGCCCUACGAGCGCGACUAAUGGCACCCGGAGCACCUCCUCCACCACCACCUCAAAUUCGACCAGGUUUUCCUGGCUUGUUUGGCAACUCGAUUCCUCCAAUACCUCCUACAACAACUCCAUUUAAUCCUGAAAACCACCGCAACGGAGCAGGUAUGGGCGGAACGCAUGCGCUCGCACUUCAUAUACGUCGGCUUCUGGCCAACGCCGUACAACAGCAGCAGCAGGGUGGAAUCAGAAACCCACUUGAGAAGUCGUCCUUGUCAGAGGCGACGCCAAGCUCGCACUCCUCACACUCCUCUGCCGAGGACUCAGGCCAGGUAAUUAAGUUUUCGCCUACUGAGUCGAAAAUCAAGCCAACCGAUAUCAACCAAAAUGUUGCCAAGAUCCUUGCAAACAUGGUCCAGCCCCAAGCCGAUUCUCCUCUUAUUCCGGAGUCACGAAAGCGACCACACUCCUUCGAAAGCGAGCCAACUCCGAAACGUAUGCGCUCCCCAAAUCCAACAAAUUUGAACCUCGCCGACUCUUCCAAAGACGAUGAAGUUUUUGUCAACGAAUCGCCUCUGGAAAACUCUGUUGUCGCCGACGUCCCACCAGUUGAUGACAACGAGGACGUAGAUGUCAGUGUAGAGCCACUCGACGAGAGCAAAAACGAAAUUUCCAGCGUUGAUUCCCAGUCGCCCCUCGACCAAAUCGCACAAGACGAACAUAUGGAAAUCAAGGCGCAGAUAAGCGUCUUCAAAAACGGCGCCAAGUUGAAUAGCUGGGAGUGCGAGACCUGCAACUGUAUUUUUCUCAAUGAGAUCACUUAUCGAAUUCACAUGGGAGUCCACAUGCAUGCCGAUCCACUGUGCUGCAACUCGUGCGGCAAACGUUGCUCCGACCAGCAAGAGUUCCAAGCCCAUCUAGUUCACCACCAGCAUGUUAAUAAUACGGUCCCCACUGCUCCAAAAGCAACCAAUGUUGUCUGA